AUGCAGAAAAGAAAGUGGCCCCCGGGGAGCAGCCCCAGUGCCACGACAGCACCUGUACGGACCCAGGCUCCCAAAGCAGCGAGGACGCACCACUGGAUGGCCUGUGGGUCGGGGCGUCAUCGUCCCGUGGGCAGGAGGAAGGGAAGGCCCGCGGUUGCCCUCCCAGCGCCUCCUUGUUUCGCCAUCCGGCCCGGGCUCCACUCCAGCGAGAGACGUAAACAAUUGGUGAAUAAGUUCGGGAUACAGUGCGGAGGCCAGGGAAGGCCAAGCGCCGUCCGAGUACAUCCGUGUCGUUCCCCACCUCCCGAUGACUUGGAAAAACUGAGAAAACGGGCGAGCAGCAGGGAGGCCCAUGGCAAAUCCCAGCCCGAUGUGAGCUGUUCGUCGUUUUCCCGGGACAGCUCCAGGGUCUUGGUGUCCAGAGAGCUGCUGAUGGAGGGCAGGGGCGGCCGCGGAGGUAUAUGGCACAGGUUGCUCAUCAACUCCAAGCAUAAUUCCAGAAAGAAUUCCACUCUUCACAGGAUAGAGAGGAGUCCCCUAUUGGACCAAGUACAGAGCUUUCUCCCACAAUUGGCUCAGGCAAACGAAAAGCUAAGAAAAGAAAUGGCAGCUGCACCACCUGGUCAUUUCAAUAUUGAAAAUACUGACACUCUCGGAAAAGUUAUGCAAAUGGAUAUGACCUUGUUUGAGAUGAAUCAGUCUGAUUCAAAAGAAGAUGACAGUUCACAAGAGAAUUCACAAGACAGUUCAGAGGACAGUUCAGAAUUUGAGGAUGAAGAUGAUAGCACCUCUUUUGAAGGUGAAGUCACCAUCGAUACAAUUAAGCUUCCUCAUUCAGAAGAUGGAAAAGGCAAAAUAGAGGUUCUGGACCAUCCUGCCAGUGAAAAAAAGAAAACAGGGACAUAAACAAUCUGAGAAACAGGUGAUAGUUCCCGCUAAUUCUGUGGAAAAGAAUGUGGCUUGCUGAUUAUUUUGCAUUUCAGAUACAUAUAGUGUUUGUUUGCAAAAAUGAAUGUAUUUUGCUUCUUGGAGAAACAGAAGCUAGCUUUUAAAGAGUUGGAAGAGAUAGCAUUUGGGGAAUCUUC